AUGUAUUCCUAUAUCUUCAUUUCAUUGGUUUUUCUGAUUGGCUUUUCAUCAAUUAUCAAUGCUGAAACAACAUCUUCAACAACAAGUUCUUCAUCCAGUUCAACAGCUACUGAUUCUUGCUCAUUUUCGAGAACUACCUUUUCUUAUUCAACUGAUGUUUCUCAGUUGAAUACUUGUACAGCUUUAGACGGUGAUAUCACAAUAACAAAUAAUGAACUUAGCAUAAUUGAUUUAUCAAAUAUCAAUACGUUAUCUGGAAAAUUAUCGAUCAUUAAUUCACAUAAUGUCAAUUCGAUUAAUUUAAAUAGAUUGGCUGAAAUUGAGGACUCACUUAUUGUCAACAAUUUAACUUCAUUAAAUUUGAUUGAUGUUCCUCAAUUAAGUCAAGUUGAUGAUUUACAAUUGAUUAGUUUACCAAGCUUAUCAAACUUGAACUUAAAUACGAAUAAUAUUGUUAAUAAUAAUGUUAGCUCAAAUAACUUAUCAAUCAAUAGGUUAACAUUAUCAGAUACUUCAUUAACAAACUUGAACAAUUUAAACGGUAUUACCAACAUCGGUUAUUUAAAUAUAAACAACAAUAACGAAAUUGAAUUAGUUGAACUCAAUAACCUAAGAACAGUUGAAGACGCAUUGGUCCUUUCAUUCAAUGGUGAUAAUACAAUGGUCCAUUUAAAUAGUUUAAACUGGUGUUCAAAUUUAACAGUCCAAGAUGUUAUGCAUUUUGAAGCAAAUAACUUAACUUACGUAAACGGCUCAUUACAGCUUAGCUACAAUACUUUUGAAAGCUUGAACUUAUCUUCAUUAAUUUCUGUGGGAUCAAGCUUAGGGAUUUUUAGUAAUGACUUAUUACAAAACUUAUCACUCGGUUCAUUAACUGAUAUCAAUGGUGAUUUAAAUAUGUUUAAUAAUAGUGAGUUGGUAUUUAUGAAUUCCUCAUUUGAAUCAAUAGAAAAUAUAAGAGGUGCAGUUUCAAUUUCUGGAGCGAUUGCAAAUUUAGAAAUGCCAAAUUUAGAUAGCAUUGGAGGAGAUUUCAGAAUAAACUCUACCUCAGAAAACUUCAGCUGCCAAGAGUUUGACAAUUGGAACUCGGAUGGUCAAAUCGAAGGUAAUAAUUAUGAAUGUAAUCAUCUUAACGAAUUGAAUGAAGUAAUUAUAGACGACGAUUCAGAUAAUAAUUCAGAUACUGAUUCAGGUUCAAAUUCAAAUUCAAAUGAAAAUGAAAAUGAAAAUUCAGAUAGAAGCUCAUUGGGUUCUAGAUUAAUGACUCCAGAUUUCUCAUUAACUUUAUUGAUAAUGAUUGCUUUUACUUUACUUACCAAUUAG